UAAAGACGUGAAAAGUAAAAAGAUAGAUAUCUGUUAUGGUGAAUGAAUGGUGAGUUUAAUGUAUAACCCAUCCCUGUUCCUCAGUUGCCAAUAUAGCUGAAAGUAGACCACCCUUGAAGCUUUCCACACUCUUACACCUCCGCCAUUGUUUCUUUUGUUUUGCAGCUUAAAAGAUCAAAGCAAUGGCACCACCUAAAAACCUUAUUACCAUUUUUUUACUUAUUGUCUUCACUAUGAUCAAUGUCUGUGCUGCUGGCCGAGGCGCCGCCGUAAUCCGCCAUAACCCAACCCAAGCCAUUUCCAACACCUGUAGCAGAACUCGGUUCCCCAACUACUGUGUAAACUCACUCCUUAAGUUCCCUGACUCGUUCACUGCCAGUGAACAAGACCUGGUCCAUGUUUCUUUCAACAUGACCUUGCAGCACUUCAGCGACGCUCUUUAUAUGACGACGUCCGUUUCCAACAUCAAGAUGGAUCCACGUGUGCGCUCCGCAUUCGACGCCUGCCUCGAGCUUCUUGUAGAUUCCAUCGAAGCCCUCUCCCUCUCCCUCUCCGCCGUCAUUCACAAAGGCGGGUCCACCCAAGACGUGAUGACGUGGCUUAGCGCUGCGUUGACGAACCUUGACACGUGCGCGGAGGGAUUCGAGGGAGUGACCGGGGCGUUGAAGGAUCAUGUGGUGGCGAAACUGAAUGACUUGUCUCAACUCGUGAGUAACUGCUUGUCGAUUUUCGCCGCUACAGGCGGAGACGACUUCGCCGGUGUGUCGGUAGAGAACAGGAGGCUGCUGGCGUCGUCGCCGUCGAACGAGGAGAAAUUCCCGAAAUGGGUAGGGAGAAUAGAGAGAAAGCUGCUCGACACUCCCUUGUCGGAAAUCCAGGCUCAUAUAAUCGUGUCGAAAGACGGAAACGGCACCGUUGAGACGAUUAGUGAAGCGAUUAAAAAGGCACCGGAGAAUAGUAGUCGGCGGAUUGUCAUUUAUGUGAGGGCAGGAAGAUACGAAGAGACUAAUUUGAAGGUGGGGAGGAAGAAAAUGAACUUGAUGUUUAUUGGUGACGGAAAGGGUAAAACAGUCAUUUCAGGAGGAAAAAGUGUAUUUGAUAACGUCACCACUUUCCACACUGCUACUUUUGCGGCCACCGGGAGUGGUUUUAUUGCAAGAGACAUGACAUUUGAGAAUUGGGCUGGACCAACUAAGCACCAAGCAGUAGCUCUUCGUGUUGGGGCAGACCAUGCCGUGGUAUACAAGUGCAAUAUUAUUGGGUACCAAGAUACUUUAUAUGUUCAUUCCAAUCGUCAAUUCUAUCGUGAAUGUGACAUCUAUGGCACUGUGGAUUUCAUUUUUGGAAAUGCCGCGGUGGUACUUCAAAACUGUAGUAUUUAUGCUCGAAAACCCAUGCCCUUUCAGAAGAACACAAUCACGGCUCAAAGUCGAAAAGACCCGCAUCAAAACACGGGUAUUUCAAUUCAUGCAUGUAGGAUCUUACCCACGCCGGAUCUCGCAGUAAUGAACGGUAGCUUCCAAACGUAUCUAGGGCGUCCAUGGAAGCUGCACUCUAGGGUUGUGUUCAUGUUAUCAUACAUGCAUGACCACAUUGACCCUAGUGGAUGGCUGGAAUGGAACGGUUCAUUUGCCUUAGAUUCACUAUACUAUGGUGAAUACAUGAAUUAUGGAGCUGGUGCGGCAGUUGGUCAACGGGUCAAAUGGCCUGGCUAUAGAGUCAUCACUUCAGAAUCUGAAGCAAGCAAUUUCACUGUUGCACAAUUUAUUUAUGGAACAUUAUGGUUGCCAUCAACGGGGAUUGCUUUCUUGGCUGGUCUCCAAGUUUAAAAUUAAAAUUUCUUUAACCUUUUACACAAAAUAUAUUUCAGAACUUUUUUUUAGA